AUGGCGGCCUCCGAAGGGGAGCCAAAUGGGACACACACAAGCGAGAGCCCACCUCCCACUCUCGAUGUCGAGAAAUUGCACUCCUUACCGACUGAGCAGCAGGAUCUUUUUCUCUUGACGCAUGUUGCUGAGCUGCAACGGUAUACUCGAGCGCUCUCCACCCAACAACUACCUAGCAAUCAACCUUUGAUCAAGAGGGAGGUCAUCAAGAUUGUUGGGUUGUCCACUCCAGCCGCUUCUAGAGUAAUUCGACACUCACUAGGCCGAAUAUUCGCAGAUACCUACACGCGUGGGAGCCGGCAGCUUCUGAUUGAAACUAUCAACGAUCUUCUCUCAUUCGCAAAUGCUGGCAAAUCCGAGAAAGAGCUGGGCUCGCGGUUUACAGCCAUUACCUGCUUGGGAUAUGUUUAUAAAAGCGCCGGUGAUAGUGCUAUAAGUCUACAUGGUUUAGUGGUCUCAAGCCUGCUUAAGCUGGUCAAGACCUCUCAAAAUCAUACUGGCUUUCGAUCUAGCCUCGACGAGGCUAUCGCAAGAGAUAUAUGGAGGCAAGCACGCACGACUGCUACGAGUGACAAGUCGGCUUUUGUGCAACAAUGCUGUUGCUCGUGUAUCUCGUUGCUCUUCAAACAGACUACCUAUUUUUUGAACCAGAGCGACUUCGAGAAUUUGAAGAGUGUUAUUUGGAAAGUGCUCGAAACCAAUACCGUUGCUGCUCGCACCUCAGCCUGCAAAACUUUGGCUGGAACUCUUUUACGUCUCUAUAGCGAUGCCAGACCCUCUGAGCAAGCUCCGGCUAUCCGCAAACCUAAAAAGCCUAUCAAGAAGCAAAACAAUGUUCCAGACGAGGACGAAGACGAGCAAAGGCCUGUUACGAAUUCAUCAAAGUCUUUGAACCAGCUAUUGUUAACACUCCCCGAACUUUUGCGUGUGAUAUCUGUACACUACACCAAACCAGCUACAACCAACAAGGCCAGGGCUAGCUUAGGUAUCUGCUACAAGAUUGUGCUUGAAGGACUCCCUGAGAAAGUCUUGCAUAACCGCUAUGACGAGAUUGCAGAACACUUCUAUUACGAUGUUCUCAGCUAUGCGAGCAUAUCCCAUAAUCGUGUUCGACUCCUCCUUAGCAGAAAGAUAACGAACACCCUUCUGAACGACCUUGUCGGCACUCGCCUUCUUACUGAGAAUGGUCAAAUCCAUGCUGCACGCUGGCUCAUAAACGAUAUCCUGAAAAAUUAUCCGAAAGUCUUGCAGGCACGACGAGAGCCUUCGAAACAUACACUGGCCGCAGCGCUGCGAAGCCUUUCUGUCCUACUGCAUCAGCUUGGUCCUGCUGCGACCAUCUUUCAAGAUUCUUGCAGGGAGGCAAUCUUCCAGGUUGCACCACACCCAAGCUAUACCGUACAGGUUCAUGCUGCAAGCUGUCUUCGCAACUUUGUAACGGCAUGUCCAGCACAACUGGGACGUGCCAUGCAGGAAGCGCUUUCGCAUCUCAAGAAAGAGCUCGACCAGAUCGAUGGGAAGCUGUUUAGGAGAGCGCCUGUGUACAGUCUUGCCGUCGCUGCUACGCUCAGAGCCGCGCGAGAAAAUCCAUUACACGGCUCGUUAAAUGUGUUCUCUCAAAUCUUCUUGUAUGCUACUGAGCUACUCAAAACCAGUGCUACCUCCGAGCUUCGACUAUGUGCUGUACAGGUACAGGUUGCCUGGACGUUGUUGGGAGGCCUCAUGACCCUGGGACCGAAUUUUGUCAAAGUUCACUUGAAUCAACUUCUCCUUCUGUGGCGCAACGCCUUACCAGCACCGCUGAACAGCGACAAUACUUCACGAAGGUCCCAAUUGGAGUUGAGCUUUCUCACUCAUGUUCGAGAAACAGCCCUUGCCGCACUAUCGGCCUUUUUGGAUCACAACAGCAACCUUGUGACCAGUGAUGGUUCACGUCGCAUCUCGUUAAUGCUUCAAAAUUCCAUUGUAUUUGCGGACAGCUUGCCACCUGCGAGACAGACCGAAGAUCUUUCUAACCGCUUGGAUUCGUCCUUGCAGCUGCAUGAUCAUGCAGUCAAUCUUCGAAGGCGUGUACUACAAUGUACUAUCAAGAUGUUGGGCUUGAAGCACAUUGAUCGCAACGAGGUAGUCUCUCUUAGUGAUACGGUCGGUAUGGCCAUUCGGCUCUUUACCGAUCCUGAUCGUCCCAUACAGCGGAACGUCGAGGCCGCUCUAGCUAGCUCUGCGAGUACUUUUGAAGGCAUAUGGGAUCUGACGGAUAAUUGGGGCUAUGGUGUCAAUUCACUGGUAAAGAGGUUCGAGGUUUCCCUGCCGGCAAACGGUCGUAUUGUAACGAUUGGUAAUUGCGAGUUUGCCGUUGAGCCUAUGGAAACGACUAUCAACGAGACCGCAUCAUCCCCUGUCGUAUCUGCUCUUGAGCACGAUUCGACAUCCAUAUACUGUAAUGAUUCGGUUUCUGGCCAAGAUGAGUCGUUUCUACCAGAGACGGCUUGCAUAACUUUAGCCGUGCAACUGUUCGCUGUGGCUUUGCCACUUCAGCCUCCGCGUGUCCAGGAGAGUUGUGUCGAACAGGUCGCUAGUGCGCUUGCACAACCGUUUCAGCGAGAACCAGGUCGCAAGUUUGCUCUUCAGAUCAACGCAGUUACAGCGAUACUUGGGGCACUUGCUGUCACGAAUGGAGAGACUGGCUAUCUAGCAGGCAAGCUUGCAGCUGCUACCACGAGUAAAAGUCUCGCCGAAUUAGUCAGAAGGAAUGUCCUUGAGCAUGAUGCGGUCCUGCGAUCAAUCUCCACACAAGCUCUUGGACGAUUAUGCAACCUAAGUGGUAGCCAAUUCACAAGCACAGAAGUCAAAAACUUGGUCGAUGUGAUCGUGGCGAACAGAGAACCUCAUGUGCGAGCUGGUUGUGCCUUGGCUCUGGGUACAAUACACGCUCAAGUGGGAGCUAUGGCAGCAAGCUAUCAUUUGAAGAACACUAUCGGAGUCCUUCUGUCAUUGUGUAAUGACACUCACCCGACCGUUCAUUUCUGGGCAUUAAAAGGUCUGGCCGAGGUUGCCGAGUCUGCUGGUCUCAGUUUCUCAGCCUACGCAAGUAGUACUUUAGGGAUGCUAGCACAGCUGUAUUCAAGCGAUCACCAUAAUGAAGAAUCGCAUACUACCGGAACUUCGACAAUUGAGAUGGACUUCCAGACGCCAGUAGUGAUUGGAGAAUGUGUUGAUUGUGUCAUAAAUGUCCUUGGUCCUGACCUUCAGGAUGUAGCGAAGGCAAGAAACCUUAUCCUUAAUUUGGUGCAAUACUUCCAGAACGAAGAGGCAUUGGGUCUGCAAAUGCAAAGCUAUGUUUGUUUGGGCCACAUAUCGCUAUAUGCCCCCGCUCAUGUCCAGCUUGCAAAUUACGUUCAUCAGCUACAGAAAGCGCUCGGAUCUGGUCAUUCUUCGCUAGAAGAGGCAGCUGUAACCGGCCUGGAGAAUUUAAUCAAGAGAAAUGCAACGGAGGUGUUUCUUGUUGCCCAUACAGGUUUGGCUGACAGCCUGUGGGAUAUGCUAGACAAGAAUCCUCAACACACGGCUAUCCAAAACUCGAUCAGAGCAUGGAUGCAGCAAACAUGUUUGACUGAAACUACCUUCUGGCUUGACCAAUGUCAAAGCAUACUAUCGCGGACUCGAAAGACAACUGAGCACAAAACUUCUGAUAUCGAGACAGCAAAACCGAAGACGGCUUUGCCCGACCUGGCAGAUGAAGACGUUGCGGGUUUGACGUCUGGCGCGGGCAUAAACGAAGCUGAUAAGCCCGGUCAAGCCGUAGAAGGCCAGGAGUUCAUGCGCUGGCAAACUCGAGAUACUGCUAUGAGCUUGCUCAGCGAAAUGCUCGAUAUCAUCCGGAGCUCAAUGCUGACGGAUCAAAUCAUACCUGCGGAACAGGCUUUACAAAGCAAGAUUGCUGAGAUCGUCCGUGUAGCUUUCCUAGCGUCGACUGCUGUUGUCGUUGAGCUACGUAUACGUGGACUUCAUAUCUUCGAUCAGAUUCUUAAGAUCUUUGGGCGUACACCGGAUCCCGACUUUCUCGAAGCGUCUCUCCUCGAACAAUACCAAGCACAGAUCAGUUCGGCGCUGACGCCUGCGUUUGCAGUCGACUCAAGUGCAGAAUUGGCCGCUGAAGCCAUCACUGUGUGCGCGACCUUUGUUGCCACAGGUAUAGUGACCAACGUAGACCGAAUGGGUAGGAUAUUCAAAGUGCUCUCUUCUGGCCUCGAAAACUUCUCUCAGGAAAAACCCGAGUCCUCUAUCGGCGAUUUGAAGGAUUUGAGCUGGAAUGCUCAAUCAAUGCUUAAGAUGGCACUACUCGCUGGCUGGGCACAAUUGGAGCUCGCAAGUACAGAACAAACUUACCUGGAGGAGAUAGUGCGACCAUAUGUUCCAAGUCUUGCACCUCUAUGGGUAAAAUCCUUACAAGAAUUCGCAAGCUUAAGGUUUGAGCCUGAGAUCUCGGAUUCUUUGGGUGAUUUCGCUACCAACAACCUUCACGAAAGGUAUGCUGCCUUCGAUCGAGAAAUACGUCUGGUCUUCUACCAGAGGAACUGGUUGGGCAUCGUGGACGCUAUUGCGUUACUGGUAGAGAAGGACAGCAAUGCUGUGUUCGACGCGCUUGACAACAAAGAGACGUCGGACGCCGAGCACAAGGUUAACGGUGACACGUCAAAGAGUCAGGAUGUGAGCUUCAGGCAAGAGCCUGUUGCUUUCUUCUUCAUAUUGUUCGGGCUAGCCUACGAGGCGCUUGUGACACAGGCAAGAGAUAAUCAGGCUCACACGCUGGCGAUCCUUUCUGCUCUUAAGAGGAUACUUACGCCUGCUGUAUCGGGAAACGCCAUUUAUCAGGACGCGAUAUUCGACGAAACAACCGAUACUCUUGACAGGCUCGCCUUGACGAGUACUUCGGAUAUACAAGGCGUGCUCGUUCAUAUAGCUCGAAAUCUAUCUCUUGACCAUAUCAUCGCAAAAUCCGAAGGUCGCGACGAAAAGCUUUCUGACGAUGUCGAUCAACUCUUCGAGCUUACGAGGGUUGUCAUCCUUGUUCUGGCAGGCUUGGUACCCACCCUCGAAGAUCCACCUGCCCAAGCUGCACGGACAUUGUCCGAGGAGCAUGUCAAUCUCGUACAGACAUCCUUUCAGGCUCUCGUCGAUGUAGCUGAUGUGUUUCCCACCAUCAUACGAGCUGAUCUCUAUGCGUGCAUAUUGCACUGCUUCUGCACAAUGCUCGCCACAGGCGUAUGCCAACAGGAGCUGGUGCCUGGCUUGAUGCCCAUCUUUCGAUUGUUCCUCCAGAAAAUGGUUAGAUCGGCAGUGAACUCCUCGGAGAAGGCGAUCAAGACAAGACUUGUUCUCGGCGCUCUUCGCCAGAUACUUUCGACUCUAACGGUAGCACAGCGUCGUGAGAGUGACUACUCACUCACCUGCGCCAAGAACUGCCUUUUGUCGAUUACUGUCUUGUUGACGACAGCCUCACCAGUAUUGUCUCCAUCGGAUGCGCUCAUUACCAGAUCACUCGACGACAUUAUGGACACACUCCAGGAUGUCGGCCUGGCCAAGAUUGCUGCCAGUUGCGUCAGAUCGCUGUUGGGUAGUUCUGCAAAGACACCUUGCGAUGAGGCUGUAUGCCGUAUCCUGUGGCUUAAAGUGCUGUUUUUCGUCAUGGAUACCACAGCAGAUGAUCCAGAAUCUGUAAAAACAGGUCUGAUGCAAGCUCUUACUACAUCGAUAGGGACUCUUCCGACCAUGACUGGAAGAACUGCUGCCGCAGUGGUACUUGUGCCUUGUCUCUUGAAAAGAGCUACCUACCCUGUACCAAACGGGAGCACAGAAGAUCUCGCGAAAGAAAGCUCAUCCCGAUUGCUUGAAAUAGCAGGCGCGGAUGGACCGGCAUUCAGGUCAGCAAUCGUUAAUCUUGAAAGUGAUCAGCGAGGACAGCUAGAGGCAUUGCUCCGAUCAGCUGGACUAGGUAGACGACCUAGCCAUAGAAGGACGGAUACUGGGACAGAUAGCAUAGAUGAAGAGAACAGCCCUGCCAUCGCACUGAGGAUGGACUUUUGA